AUGGAGCUUACGCAGACUGAAAAUGUGCUUCUGGAGGAUUUAAUACUAGCUUCAAAGCGGGAAACUUACUGGACCACUUUCUAUGGUGGUGGGGAUUAUCAAAUCUUCCCAAGUAAUUGGAACUCUGAUGCAGCAUUUAAUGAUCCUGACCAAGAUUUGGCAAGCUCAAGCUCCUCAGGCCUAGGACUAAUUUCACCCAUUGAGCUAGAAUCUGAUCAGUAUGCAUUUCCUCACUGUGAGCAGAUUUCGCGCCUCGAUGGGAUCGCUGUCCCGGCUGAAUUUGAUCCAUGUUUUGAUCACUGCAAGCAAUAUCGCAAUCUAACACCAAUGACAAUUGGAUCAGGGAAUGCAGGGAUGAUACAAGAUGUUCAAGUUGGCCUCUUUGGUCAAGGCGAAAAUGGUGUCUGCAAGGUGGAGGAAGAACAAACCGUGCCACCAAUCAUGGAUGAAUCCUUGUCUAAAAUGGACUUGUUUGGGGAGCAAAAGAGUGAAGUCAGGGAAGUUGAGAAGCAACCCUCCAAAAACCUAAUGGCAGAAAGACGGCGAAGGAAGCGGCUCAAUGAACGGCUCUCCAUGCUUCGAUCCAUUGUUCCUAAAGUUAGCAAGAUGGACAGAACAUCCAUUCUGAGUAGUACCAUAGAUUACAUGAAAGAUCUUUUGGAUAAAAUUCAGAAGUUACAUGAAGAGAGUGUGAAGGAGAAGAACACCAACCUGAUGAAUGCGAUGAGAAACUUGACGGAGCUAAAGCCAGAUGAAGUAUACGCCGGAAGCGCACCAAAGUUUGCUGUGGAAAGGAGGAAUCUUGAUACUCAGAUUGAACUGUGUUGCGCAUCAAAGCCAGGACUUCUAAUGUCGACACUGAGCACAUUGGAAGCAUUAGGACUUGACAUUCAACAAUGUGUUAUCAGCUGUUUCAGUGAUUUCUCAGUACAAGCCACCUGCUCAGAGGUGACAGAGCAUCGAAGAAUUUUGGCUCCUGAAGAUGUUAAGCAAGCAUUGUUCAGAAAUGCAGGUUAUGGAGGGAAAUGCCUGUAG